GAAGACUAGAAAAGAUGGCGGACCUCGGGAAAGCCUGUCCCGAGUCGUCGCCCUGUGGCGUCAGCUGUCCGCGGAGGGGACCGUGGUGCCGGGGGAGGCUCCUCGUCCUCCUCCUCUGCCUGCUCAUGGUGGACUCCGGCGGGGCCACGACGCACUGGGUGGUCACGGAGGACGGGAAGAUCCAACAGCAGGUUGACUCGCCUUUGAAUCUGAAGCAUCCACACGACGUGGUGAUCUUCAUGAGGCAGGAGACUCGGGUGAACUACCUCAAGAAGCUGGAGAAGCAGCUUGUGGCACAGAAAAUUCACAUUGAGGAGAAUGAGGACAGAGACACAGGGCUGGAGCAGAGACACUACAAAGAAGAUGCUGACUGCGUCAUGGCUAAGGUUCCCCUGGGAGACCUGGACCUGUACGAUGGAACUUAUAUCUCAUUGGAGAGCAAAGACAUCAGUCCUGAAGACUAUGUGGAGCCGCGGACAGCUCUGCCUCCAGAUCUAGAAAAGCCUGACUGCGCAAAAGUCUUUGAACUACCUUAUAGUAUCCAUGCUUUCCAGCAUCUCAGGGGUGUUCAGGAAAGAGCAAACUUGACCUCCCCACUUCUUUCGAAGGAGGACCCCAUUUUUAUUGCACUGUCUCAUAUGAUGGGCCGCAGUGUGGAUGAGGUGGGCCACCGCAUCCACCAAGGUUUAAUGAGGAAUUCCUCCUCCUGGGUUUUAUACAACAUGGCGUCAUUUUACUGGCGUAUGAGGAACGAGCCUCAGAGAGCUGUGGACUGUGUGGUGCGUGCUCUGCAUUUCUCCCCCAGGCAGCACAAGGAUGUAGCCUUGGUCAACAUGGCCAACAUCCUGCACCGUGCCCAUUUCUCAGCAGAUGCUGCUAUUCUCGCCCAUGCUGCCCUCGAUCUCACAUCAGACCUCUUCACCAGCCACUACACCCUGGGCAACAUUUAUGCUAUGCUCGGGGAAUACAACCACUCAGUGCUGUGUUACGAGCAGGCACUGCAGGCCCACCCGGGCUUCGAGCAGGCCCUGAGAAGGAAGCAUGCUGUGCUCUGUCAGCAGAAGCUGGAGCAGCGACUGGAAGCCCAGCACAGGUCCCUGCAGCGAACGCUGAAUGAGCUGAAGGAGUACCAGAAGCAGCACGACCACUACCUUCGCCAGCAGGAGGCACUGGACAAACACAAGCUGCUGCAGGAAGAGCAGAUCCUGCGCAACAUUAUCCACGAGACCCAGAUGGCCAAGGAAGCCCAACUUGGGAACCACCAGAUGUGUCAGCUGGGUCAGCAGCAGCGCAGCCUCUACUGCCCCUUUGACCUGCCUGUGCGCUAUCACCGGGGGGAUCUGUUUGAAAACGUCCACUAUGUCCAGUUUGGAGAGGAGGUGUCUGUGGCGUCCAGCGUCGCCCUCGUGUCCGAGAGGAACUCAAACCAGACAGCAGCCAGUCCGCAGCUUCAUCCCUCUGUCUCUGGAGACCAAGAUCCUGCCGCUGCCCUGUGGGGCAGCCGUCAGGAUUACACACAGGACAUUCAGAGGAUGCUGUGGCCUCAGAGGACUGACUGUAAUCAUGAGUACCCAAGUGUCCCCCCCGCUCACCUGCUCCCGACCUUUUUCCUUCCACCUGAAACUCAAGGCCUCAGCCCAGUGGCAUCACUUCUCUAUGGAAAGAGCAGUCCUCCUCAGACUGUAGCUCUGCCGGACUGUGGUCCCAUCCCUCAACCAUAUCCCGCCCUCCUGCCAGCCUCACUAGACUGGCCGCUCGAAGAGAAGGAGCUGCCAGAUCCCUUUGCCUCCCAGAUACUGCAGCUACGCAGUGGAGGAUGGACACUGGAGCAGAUUGGCUCCAGAGUUGCUGAAGUAAUGAAGCAGGCCACUAUACCCCGCUGGCUGGUCCACAAUGAGGCAGCUCUUUUCUGGCGGGCCAAAGGCAAUGGCAGCCGUGCCCUCCAGUGCCUGCGCCAAGUGUUGAGCUCAGCUCCGCCUUCCCACCGCCACUUGCCCCUCACCAACGCUGCUAACCUGCUGCUACACCACGGCUUGACCACCCACGCACAAACACUACUGGAGCAAGCAUUGGCACUUAAUCAAUCAGAGCCUCACACUCUGCUCAGCCUGGUGAGCGUGCACUUGGCCCAGGGCAACGUGACAGGUGCUCUGGCCUUGUUCCGCCACACUCUGGUGACGGCCCUGUCCUCCUCCUCUUCCUUCUCAUCCUUAGCCGGCUGUGAGCAGUGUCGCUCCAGCCUGCCUCUGCUGCGCUGUCUGCAGUUUUACCCCUUCCUUUACAAUCUCUCACACCGGCAGUCCUGCCCACAGGGCGCUGCCUGCUUGGCUGAGGAGGAACUUGGGAUCCAGCUGGAGGAAUGGGAGGAAGAGAAGCAGGACGCUCCGGCCAUUGCUGCAAUGGAGGACUCCUUACUCUUUGAGAAGGUCAUCCUGGACAGUAAUGGCUCCGGUGAAACAGCUGGACAGCUCCGGACUUCUCCUUCUGUCUCCGGAGCGAAUAAAAUGGCCGCCCCGUUCGGAGGCGGCGCGGUGGAAGGCGAGGAGGAGUGGCAGCUGAAGGAGGACCUGAUCGGAGCGUUUGAGGGAGCGCUGGAUGUCGGAGGCAAACGAGGGGACCUGCGAGGUAUCCGGGUGCUAAAGAAUGACCGAGUCAUGGGUACCCGCGCCGGGGGGGGGCCCUGCUUUGGGAACUGUGAAGACGACGAGGGAGCAGAGUGGAUCACCUUCCAGGUGAAGCGGGUCAGGAAGGCGAAGGUCGAUGGGACCGAGGGUGUUUCCGGCUCUGACGACAGCCAGAACCUGGAGUCUCUGCCUGGAGGACACUCUGUCCUGGAGAUCAGCGGGCCAACUAUACCAUCGCCCGGCCCUUCAGGUCGAUGGAGGGACUACACAAGUCUUGGCUGGCCGGGACCGGAGGAGUGCCAGCGGACACGCAGGGUAGACCUCACCACUGUAGCUAGCACCUGGUUGGCUGUUUCUGCCAAGAACAUCGACAUCACCGAACACAUAGACUUCGCCACUCCGCUCCAGGAGCCGGCAGCUGAACCUUUAUGCAACGCCAACCUCGCCGCCAGCAUGCACACCCUGGACCACCUGGCAGGCGUGGCCAAUCGCGCCGCCAUACACUACACCGGGGAGAGUCAACUGCGUGAGGUCCUGCAGAACCUCGGCAAAGAUAAGUUCCCCCCCCAGUCCUUUGAGCAGGUGGGAACACGUAUCGCUAAAGUGCUGGAGAAGAACCAGACAUCCUGGGUUUUAUCCAGCAUGGCUGCUCUGUACUGGAGGGUCAAAGGUCAAGGCAAGAGGGCUAUCGACUGUCUACGUCAGGCUCUGAACUACGCCCCCCAUCACAUGAAGGAUGUGCCCCUCAUCAGCUUGGCCAACAUCUUCCAGAACGCCCGGCUGUGGGACGACGCCCUGACGGUCGCCCGCAUGGCCGUAGAGAUCGCUCCGCACUUCGUGGUGAACCACUUCACCCUCGCCAACGUCUAUAUAGCGAUGGAGGAGUUUGAGAAAGCCAUGCGCUGGUACGAAUCCACUCUGAAGCUGCAGCCGGAGUUCGCCCCGGCCAAAGAUCGACUCAGAACCAUCCAGUGUUACCUGCUCACCAAGAGGGAACGGCGCCAGCCCUAAACCACGAUUCCAGUCCGAAACCAGUACCCCUGAUACCAGUACCCCUGAUACCAGUACCCCUGAUACCAGUACCCCUGAUACCAGCACCCCUGAUACCAGUGCCCCUGAUACCAGUACCCCUGAUACCAGUACCCCUGAUACCAGUACCUGUGCUCAUACACUACCAGAUACAGAACAAACAUACAGACACACACACACACACACACACACACACUUAUCUGAAGACCACUGAUAAUUUACACUAAUAAAAGUGUAAGAAACAAAUGUGGUUAAAGAUGAGGUUUCAAUAUUCAUCCUGACAUGUAUAUCUUCUUCUCUUUGAGAUCUGUCCUCAGAAAGAAGUAGGUCUGAAAUGUCACAGAGAAACUGUAGAUAAUUUUACCCCUGAACAUAUUUCAAAUAGUUCUUGUUCUCGAGUCAAGUUAAGACUCAAACUCCUUCAAGGAUCCAGAUUUACAGUUAAUUCUGCUUUAAUUUGAGCUCAAUCGGUUCUAAUUUGAAGAAUAAAUCUCACUGUCGUCUUCAAGAAGACAUUUUAGCAUCUGAAACAAAGGGAAAUAUAGUUUUUUUUUGUUCUCAAGGAGCAAACGCACUACAUCCUGGACAUGUCAUUUUAAUUUGAUGUUUAAAUUGGGAUUAUUUUUUUUAUGGAAAAUGAUAAACCGUAUUCGCUUCAAUGUUUUGCUGAGAUGGUUAGGAAUGUGCUCCUCAGCUCGGAGGUUAAAUGAGACGAAUUGAAUAACCCCUCGUUACUUCUGCCUCAUAACAUGGACGGGAAUUCUCUUUUUUUUUGCACUUUUUUUCUAUAUCAUUCCUAUUUAUAUGGGACCUACAAACAGAUUUUUUGCUCCAAGCUAAUUUAAAUACAGAAGAAAGAAGAAAAUGAAAUAUGCUAUUACAUGUGCUUCUUAACUUAUGGAAAUCGUCCGGCAGGAAAAGGAUUUGCCAUUGAGCAGCUGUUUAAAAAAAAACCUAAAGUGGAAUCUGUAUUAAAUGUACAGUAUUAAAGGCAACGUGUGGAUUUCAUCA